UCUCACGUGUCACGGUUCCGAGCGCGUCCCGAGGCGGAUUGACCGGCCGUUACUCCGUGCUAAAGGAACGACUGGGCUGAAGAGUCUCCUCAGUGUCCGCUCUCCCCUCUCCUGUUUCUCUCCCCCCCCGCACCUGGCGCUGUGGUGCGGCCUGUCGGGGGCGGGGCCGGCCGGGCUGGCGGGAGAUGCGAAGAGCCGGGCGGUGAGGCGGCAGUUCCGCACGGCAUCCUCUGUCCGUCCGACCUUCCAUCCGUCUGUCCGUCCUUCCAUCCGUCUCUCCACCCUGAGGACCCCACACAAUGUCCUUCCGCCACAGGAACCCCCACGACACGGCCAGGAGCAGCCCACAGCCGCCACCUCGAUGGUCACAGGGAAGGAAACGAGGAGCGGACGGGAAGAGGAAGAAACAAAGCGAUGGAGGCGAGGCGGUGUUCGGAGAGACGGAGCAAGGACCCUCGGACAGCAGGGCCGACAGUUUUACAACACCAGAAGGCCCUGGUCCCCUUUCCCGGUGUUUAGACUGGGCAACUGCAGUGGAAGAAGAUGAGAUGAGAACCAACGUUAACAAAGAAAUUGCAAGAUACAGAAGAAAACUCCUGGUAAAUGAGUUUUCAAGAGAAAGGAAGUCCUCUUCAGGAAGUUCCGAUUCAAAGGAAUCCACUGUAACAGUAGAACUUGAGACGGAUGAGGUGGUUUUGAUGAGAAGACAAAAACAGAUAAACUAUGGGAAAAACACAAUUGCCUAUGACAGAUACAUCAAAGAAGUUCCUAGAUGCCAUCGUAUACCAGGAGUUCAUCCCAGAACUCCAAAUAAAUUUAAGAAGUACAGCCGUAGGUCGUGGGACCAACAAAUAAAGCUGUGGAAAGUUGCGUUGCAUUCCUGGGAUCCACCGACCGAAGAAGGAUGUGAUCUGCAAGAAAUUAGUCCUGUUGACCUCGGUGAGAUGGAGACAGAAUCCAUAGGAAGCAAUUCUACAGAAUCUCAAACGAGCUGUCAAGAUAAUUAUGAUACCUGUUCUGGCACUCCCACCAAAGUUAGACACAUUGACUAUCAAGCAGAAGGCGAAUUUGACUUGGAAGCAUGUUUGAGCGAGCCUCUUAAAGAUUUAAAUACUGUGAGUUAAAUAGUUCUGUGCAAAUCAUUUUAGAGCAAGUUUGUUUGAAAUCUGAGGCAUUAGAUUGAUUCAUCAGUUGAGCGUUUUCCACCUGUCAAUAGCAAGAAAUCUUAAGCAAAGUUAAAAAGUGAAGCUGUGGUUGGUCUACCUGUUGUCUGGACCAAACUUAUGUCUGAAUUCAACAGUGUGGCUUCUUUUUACCUUUUAAUUUAUGUAUAUCAGAUAUUUUUUUAAUAUUUUUUUUAACAAAACUUUAUAAAAUAACAGCUGAAGGCAAUGCAACCCUCAAGGAAUUACAGACAAUGGGGCAAGAUCUUGCCAUUUUAUUUUCCCUUUGUUAUCCUUAAUUCCAGUGUUUCACCAGCAGAUCCAGAGCAGAGCAGGGAAAGGUUUUUCAUCAUACAUAUGUCAUUUUGCUUCUCCUUCUGUCCCUACUGCAAAGAUCUGCCUGGAUGUAAUGCAGGUGAUAGCAGAAGCAUGUUGCUGAUCAGCACAUUUGUCUGUUGCAGUUACUUCAGUUUUGGCUGCCUUAGUUUAUAAAAGCAAAGAAACAACAACAAAAAAAAAACCACCCAACAAACCACAGAUUGUUUUCAUUUACAAAAAUGUUUUUGAAACAACUGGGAAGAAAGUACUUAAUAUGAAGCGUCAAUAUGGAAAGACGUAGGUAGCAGUAAUGUUACUUUAAAAAUACUAUAACCUGCAUUUGGAACUUGUAAAUAGUGGUGAGUUACUUGUUAAUACAGACAAGAGCAAAAAAUGUCUGGGGAAAAUAACCGAUUCUUUUUAAUUUGCUGGUUUUUAAAUGUAAAACUUGUAAAUGAUAACACUGUACAGACUUUCUGCUGAAUGCAGUUGAUGUUUCUACUGCUUUUGUAUGGGAUGUUGCUGGAAAAUAAAUGGAUAUGGAUUUCUUUAUGA